AUGCCGUCAAUACCAACUCUUACUCCGAGGCUGCCUUGGAAGGAGAUAAGGAUUCAGUCUCGAGUGAACUAUGUCAGAGACAUGAUAACCGGCCAAAGUCACAUGGUCCUUAUGAUCUGCACAAUUGUUGUUGGAGGUGUGGUCAUCGUUGGCAUCUUCUUGGCUGUAAGGUUAUGUGUACGGAGAUGCCAGUCUGUCGUCAGAGGUCGCCACAGCGUUCGUGGAUCUCUUGAUGCCGCCGAGAAUGGAGAUGCCGACGACAUUGUUUCCCUGGCACCACACGAAGAUUUCACACUGGCUCCUAACACCUCAUGGUGGGAGGUCGUGGAGAAGAGAGAGGCGGAAGACCCAACUUUCGGUCAGGAUGUGGUGAUAGCACCAGAGUACUGUGUGGAAGACGAGGUUUUGAGUUAUGACCCAGAAUACUGCCUGAAGCCAGGCGCCCUCUGGUGGGAGGUGGUGGAGGCCCAGGAGAAGUCUGGGAGCUGAAGACAGAAGUAACUUCCGGGACUAAUGGUCCCCGGUGACACAUGGAAACCAGGAUACAAGUUAAGCUGUCUCACGGACAGAUAUCCCGGACACUUCGAUCUGGCCGCUCAUCUUCACAGAUGGUUGUAUGCACUUGGAGGGUGGACAUGUAUGACUGAUACACCAUCGUCUUCUUAAUACCUGCAUAGACUCUCCUAUACCAACUUCAGAUACUGUAUGAUACGUGAUUCAGAUACAAAUCCCGAAAUUUAUGCGCUAAGACAGGCGUUGAUAUGCGUGUUAUGUGUGAUACA